GCUAGUACAGUCUGGUUAGUAAUACCCACACAGACAGAUUUAUGUAGUGAAGACUUAAAAUUGUAACUGCAGUUAUCAUCUUGACAACUGAAUUUGGAUGAAACCUUCUUUUAAUGCCAGUUUACUGAUUUCGUCUAGGAUUGCUUUAAAGACAAGGGACCCCGUUGAUGCUCUUCCAUGGAGUACCAUGCAAAGUACCCAUUUUAUCAUGGGAAGAUAACAAGAGAGUCCUGUGAAGAGUUACUGACCAAAAAAGGAAAGAAUGGUUGUUUUUUGGUACGAGAAAGCGAGAGCGUGGCAGGCGCCAUAUGUCUAUGCGUCUUUUUUGAAAGACUGGUUUACACUUAUCGGAUCUUCAGGGAACAUGAAGGAAAUUUGAGGAUUGAGACUUCUGGAGGUGUUCCCCAGCAGUCCUUCAAAACUUUAAAGGAUUUAAUAUACAAGUAUCAAAAGCCAAAUCAAGGACUAGUGACCCAUCUUCGCUAUCCAGUAAAAAAACAAAACCCAUCAAGGAGAUUAAGGAAAACUAUGGGAUAUGCAGAAAAUGUUUAUGAUGAUAUCGAAGAGGGUGAUUACGUUGAUGUCUUGCAGUGAAUGGCCUAGAACCUGGUUAUUCAGAAGCUAUCUUUUUAAUUUAUAUCACAGCAGAUCAGCUGAAGACUCCUGCCUUGGAAAAUAUAUUCUUGAGCAUGGCUAUUUCUGCUGGCUGGACAUGAUUUUCUACAGACUUUUUUUUCUAGAAUUCAUUCCUUUUUCCCAGCUCAUCAGAGCAAUGGUCUUCCAUCUUUUCAGACAUUCUGUACCCUGUAUUUAUAUACCCUGUUAGAAAAUCACAAUGUGAAUAUGUUCCCUGGAUGUGAGAGAGUGAUUGCUAGUAGGCAAGCUGAAAUCUACUGUGAUCCAAAUUCAGUAGGCUCCACUGAGUGUUGAAAAAGAACUUUAUGCAUGAUGUGUUGGCUUUGCCUCAUUGUCGGUUAAUAGGGUAAAAUUUCAAUGAAGAGAAACUUUUUACAUCUCAAGGAUGCAUCUACACAUACACUUUACUACAGAAGUAGCUCCAUAGUAAAGCAUCACAGUCUACACGUGCACCAGUAUUAAGGCAUAGUAAACUAAUUAACUCCACCAUAAGAUUAUCUCCAGGGACUGUACUAUUUUACAGUGGAGUCAUUAAGUGAGACCAGAUGCACAUGUAGAUGAUGUCUGCCAGGAGCAAAUUGCACCUGGUCAGCCCAGUCUGCUGGCGGCCAGACGCCCAGCUCCUGCUAGCCCCAACACUGCCACAGCCUGGGGCUGACCCUUUGUCCCUCCUGCCAGCCCAGGGAUGCUUCGCCCUAGCUCAAAUUGCUGCUGUUUAGGGUGCAAGUGUAGAUGCUGUGCCCAGGAGCAGUGUACUCCAGAGUAGUACACUGACUUCAGAGUUUGUUGUGUUAUGUUAAUUGCAUGUGUCGAUGCAUCCAGAGAAGAGUAAUAUAUCCCUGUAGCACUGGAAUAAGCUAAUACUGCUGACAAAAUAGUACAGGCAGUCAACACCAUGGGGGGGCGUUGUUUUUUUGGUUUUUUCAAAUUUAAAGUCUAUAUUGUACAGGUUAAAAAAAUCAAAUGAAAAUAACUGAGGACUUUCUCAUCUAUAAGCAAUACAGUUUACAAAUUACUUCUACACUCCUAAGUCCUACAUAGAUUAUUUUAUGAAGUUUUCUUUAUUUGCUAUUAGUUUUGGUAAUACAACUUGCUGCAUACCUUUUAAACUGGAAAUGGAUCUACUGCUUAUAGUUUUUCUUUAAACAAGAACUAGAUUUGAAGAGGUAAGGCAAGCUUCUGUAUAAAAUGCAGUUUAAUUUUGAAGGUGAUUACUUGUAGCUAGUGAUUAGUGUCAGAAACAGUGCAGAAAUAAUGCACUUAGGUCUGCCACUGCCAGUCUAUGAUGGGCAUGUGUAGACCUCUCUGUAUCUAUCCCACAUCUGUAAAAUGAAGAUACUUCUCUGCAUUGUGUAGGGCACAAGGCUACUUUUUCCAUUAAUGCUUGAAAAGAGUUCCUGUUAGAGCCACUGGUGCCAUAGACUUGUGAAAUACAAAUAUUAGUUCACUGUAAAGGUAAGGGCCUUGUUACAUGGUAGUUUUGGGCAGCAUCUGAAGGUCUUAACCCCUGAACUGUCUACACAUCUGAACAGCUGGAACUAGUUUUAAGCAUUCAAAUUACACCACUCCAGGGCAGGAUUAUCUCUGAUUCCUGUUACCCAGGUUAUCUUAUGCUAAGGUGUAGACACUCUAGGCUAUACUUUAAUGUAAACACAUCCUGCUUCCUACCCUCCCCAGCACCCUAGAACCCCCUAUUUACUUGUGGCUUCCCUGUGCAGUCUGUUCCAGGGGAGCAGGCAGGGAAGGAUUAAUCUGCCUGCCCUGCUGUCACUGCAGCUGCUC